AGAAACUUCUUUCAUUGCUAUGCGGGUGUAAACAUGUCAAGCAAUAUCGUCGUGGAGUGGUUGAGAUCCUUACAUUUGGGCCAGUACGCAGAAUCUUUCAUUGACAAUGGUUAUGAUGAUUUGGAAAUAUGUAAGCAGGUAGGCGACCCUGACUUGGAUGCUAUCGGUGUGUUUAACCCUUCACAUCGAAAUAGACUACUCCAAUCGGUUCGUACGUUGAGGGAAGAAGGCGCAGCUUCUGUGUAUUUUACUUUAGAAGAGACUGCAGCUGUCCACGAAGACUGUCAGUGUGAUAGUUCAAGUGCUCGCUCGUCUAGAACUUCGUCCGGACACCAAGGUUCUUCAGACAAGGAGCAGCAACAAGGUGGUCAACGUUGUGGAACUGGCAGCAGUCCGGCUCCUUCUUCCGCUGAUAGUGCGCAAGAGUUGGGCAAGUACUUUGACGAAUAUGAGGAAGGCAAGGCAGAACUUGUCAAGAUUCCGCGGCUGCAGCUGAAACUGUUGCUGAAAGACAAGCUCACCCAGGACGGUAUUCGACUCAGCUGCCAGCCGUAUUCAACCUCGUCGGGCGAACGCGGGUACUUGGAGGGCCUUGCUUCGAGAUACGCGGACUUGUUCAACACUCACUACGGAGAUGUCUUGGAACACCUGGAGGAUCUCCGACGUCGAGAAUGGGAUGAGUUAUCUCCACGGAUCAGAGUUCUCGUCGGCACUACUCCGGGUACUCCACCCUCAGAGGCGUAUUCCCCCAACACCACGGGCCCUGCAGGGGGCAUUGUCGGACAGCACACACCACAGGGUCAUCACGGGCUUACCACUUCGCACUCGCAGCCUAUAUACGUCCCUGGUAAAUAUUCACCGUCCAGCUGUCUCAGUGACAAAGAGGAAGACGAAAUCUACGGCUUUGGUUACGGCGUCUAUGGCAAACAGAUGCUUCAAAGACAACAGCAGCACAAGAUGAUAAUUUCUCCGCAGGUCAACUACCAAAGCUGUCUUAGUCCAAGGUCCGCUUACUUCUAUGAAUUUCCGCCUAAUGAGCAAAGUGGAGGUCAGCAGACGAACAAGAAGAAAACCAGUUUCUCGCGUUUCCUAAGAGGCCUGAAGACGGGACAUCGCAAGGAGAAGCACUUGGGAAGCUCCCCCAGACACACGCGGUCAAACGCCAGGGGACCGCAGACAGGCAGGGUUGGAACGCCAGAUAGUAUGGCGGAGAGCAUGCUGCCAUCUGUAGUCGAUCCGAGGGACUACGACCAUAUUCGAUUUAUGCAAAUGAAUGGCGGUACGGGUAACAACUUCGAAGAAACCAUCCACAGGCUUAAAGUCCAGGAAGUGCUAAAGAAACGAGAGAGAUUUCACAAGGAACACGAAGAGAUAUUGCGUGAUAUUCGACAAGGGUUGUUACAGAUUGGAAGAGAAGGACUAAGGACAGCUUUGUCUGGGGAUGACACGUACAUGUAUGAUGACGAUGCCCGCUGUUCUGGCAUUGGACCCCAUUGGUAUGAUGAACCCCCGUACGAAAGUGAUCCCGAAGACUUCUUGAUGGGCACCAACGCAGGUCACCCAGUUCCAAUAAGCUCCAUUCAGAAUGGCAGGGUUUGCUUCACUUUGGACUUGAGGACAGAGCCUCGGGGUGAGGGAGUGAUUUCUCUUCGGACAGCCGGCGACAUCUCCAUCCCACGAGACCCUUCGAUUAACGGGUCGGGAGCCUGGCUUCACCACGCCCACGGAAUUGGAAUAACAAGAGGGUCCUCUCUUACACCUCGAGGUUCUGCUCGCAGGGGUCUCCUCGUGCCCCAGUCUGGUCCAUACCCUGCAACCAUCAUUCCGCUGGGUGGCGGAAGCGGACCACACAUGAGAGAUGCACAAGGUGACAGGGAAAGUGGAGACUAUGCAAGCUCGGAUGUCCAGAGUAUAGGAUCGCGUCUGUCCACCAUGUCAAUUGACACAAGCAAAUCAGAACAACUGGAAGGACACUGCAUCUCAUCACCCGCGUAUCUGUCAGCACACGGAGGCAAAGGACGACCGUUCCGAAAACUAGUAGCAUACACGAGCCGGAGUAGUGCAAGUGAGGAAGGUCUGUCACCGAGUCAGAGUUCCGACUAUGAAGAUCAGGAGGAUUUUGAAUCAAUUAAACAGCCCAACACAACACACGGCGCUGGCGAGUCUGGUGGUUGUAGAACCGGUGUGUCACUAGUGGGUCGUAUGCGUGGGUUGAGGCAAGAUGUCCAGAAGAAGAUAUGUCAGUUGCGUGCAUCCGGACCAAAUCCUACUCCACCCGCACCGGCUCCAUCUCUGGCAGACGGCAGUGAACGAAGAGGCGAAGUAUUGCCUUCGGCUAGCUCUGUUGAGAGUUUGCCUAGUGGCUCUGGGUCUAGCACUCAGGCUCUUGUUCCUACAGCUGGAAGUAACCACAGUUCCUUAUCUGCAGAAGACCGCGACUCAAGUCCUGUUACCGUUCCUGUUCCCACUACAAUUGUAGGUCCAAUUAUUGGAAAAGCCCGGGCCAUUGUUGACUACACGCCAAGUCCAUAUGAUAAGGAUGCUCUUAAAUUCAAGAAAGGAGAUAUAAUUGAUGUGGUGUCAAAGAAUGCAAGUGGGCUGUGGAGAGGAGUUCUGCACAACCGAAUUGGAAACUUUAAAUUCAUCAAUGUUGAACUGCUGAGUGAUAAGAUGUGCCAACGAGUGACCGGAGUACGCCAGCGUUCGGGCGGGAAGUAUAGCGGGAGACACUGCGGUUCUGGUGCUAGAGGCAGGCCCCAUUCUGUGGAGGAAUUGCUUCAGAGGAUGAACUUGGAGGAGCACAUCUCUGUGUUUGUCCUCAAUGGAUAUGAAGACUUGGAGCUGUUUGAGGAUCUGGAAGGAGAGGAUUUGGAUUACUUGGGUAUCAGCAAUCCUGAACAUAGAGCCAAGAUACUUACAGCUGUUCAGCUGCUACAUGAUUAUGACUCACCAGACAGUCCAGAGGACACGGAUGGUGAUGGACCAGCAUCUAGCAGUGCAGAUGAGGAUGCUGGAUCUGUUAGCCAACACUCCGAGUGUUCAGCCUUGCAGCAGAAACAGCAUCCACUGGAUGUUUCCAAGUCUUCCUUUCAACGGCUCCAGUUCCCUCGUGACUCCGGUUGCUACGAUUCAGCCACCGCUGACACGAAGGAGCGUCUACAUUCACAUCACCACCACCAUCAUCACAAGAAGCCUGUUCCUACGGGCUCCACCCUCCAGCACCACCAUCACCACAAGUCCUGUCGGAGCUCUUCUUCCAAGUGCGGUAAAGACGGUAGGGAUCAGGUGAAAGAAGGAUGUGUGAGUUUGCUGAGGCCACAAGGAGGUUGCACCUUGAGGACGCGUAGUAACAGAGAAAUUCCUAAUAAUUUAGAUUCUGGUUUAAUCACACCACUGCAACAUCCUCUGCUUCAUCAGUGUUCAAGUGGAAAUGGUGGUGGUGUAGGGGUGGGAACUGCGGAGGGUAGCGAGUUGCAGUACAGAGGGGGCAGCAGCAAGCUGCAGGGCGUAUUGUCUGAUGUGGACUCAAGUAAACAAGGUAUGGUUCUCAAAUCCCCUCUUCCUCAACAACAGAGCUUCCUUCCCAAUAUACCUGUCACUUCUUCCGGUACGUCAGCGUCUUCCAUCACUCAUUUACCUUCAGGUGAUUUUACAGGUAUCAAGGGUGGUGGGAGAAGUUUAAUUAGCGCUUCCUCAGUUUCUACUUCCAUUUCCUCUUCUUCCCCAAUAAGGACUUGCACUGGCAGUUUUGGUGCCGAGUUCAAAACGGAUUCGUACGUAGUAGCGCGAGGCAAGCUUGUGACUGUGGAGUCGUGUCGCAAGGCAGGAAGUCCGUUGACUUCAUCCCCUGUUGGAAGUCUGAGAUGCAACAGUAAGCAACAAGUCCUCGAUUCUCCUGGUAAGAAACGUUCGCCGUCCAAUACAUUCAGUGCCGUCGCAACGAACGCCUCCGCGACAGACGUUUUGCCCCAAGUUGCAUCAUCGCCGUCUCCUAGUGCUGGAGCUGAUAGUGGGACAGUGAUAAUUUCAGAGGAUCCUUGCGAGACAAACGCCAAAUUGACCGUGGUGAAAUAUGUGGUAGGUGGCAGCAGUGAUCUAGGACUCGGUUGUGAGAGUGGCAAUGUGAUGGGCGUUGGACGAAGUGGUUGCUGUCUUAGCGAAAAGUCUAGUGACUCCGGGGUCAGCUCUAGUUCACUCUCAUCCGCAAACCCCAAGGAGAACUGCAGUAGGAAAGAAGGCAGAGCGAUUGCUUCAAAUAACGUGGGUCAGUCUGUUGUUGAGAGUCCUACAAGAGGCUUUGGUAACUACGGCAGUUGCAUCGCCAGUCAUCGAUCGUCUCCUACUACAAAUACGAAUAAGGGUCUCGUACUACAAGGUUCUGAUAAGAAUACUUACCAGUGAAAUAAUAUAAUAUCAAUUAAUUUUAAAGAAAAUAAAGAAAUCUCGACAACUCAUAUCAAAAACUUAGUAAGUAACAAAAGUAAUGUUCUCCUAGUCUUUUAUUCUUCUUUCUGAUGUAGAGUUUUAAUUGUUGUGAUUAAACGUGAGGUAAUGAGCUCAGAUUUUUAAUUGUUAAUACCUGCUGUCUUGAUUAUGUUUUCUUUGACAGUUUUGAGAGGCAUUAUAAUUUAUAGAAACGACUCUACCCAAAACCCUUUUAACAUUGUACAUCCCUGUACAGACUUAGUAAGUAAGUAAGCUGUGCAAGACAUUGAAUGCCUUGUUCACAUUCGAAUAAGAGAAUAAAACUCUUUCUUUGAAAAUAUGAA